CUCCAGUAUAUCAAGUGACUUUUGCAAAUAAGUUGAGCUUAUCUUUUAUCAUACAAUCCUAAUCUUACCAUAACUUAAUCUAUUAUUGUGUUUUGCAGUUGCUCAAUGUUCCAAAUCCUGCUGUUCUUGACAUUCCUGUUUGUGCAUUGGGGGGUGGAUAUUGGAAUUAUAUAUUAUUAUACAGAUUGCCUAAAGACUAGGUAAUACCAUUAUGAAAACAAGUUUGUUAGAUAGGUAUAUCCAUGAUGAGGAAGGAAGUUGAGAACGAUGAGUCUAUAAAAGAAUCUUCAUCUCUUAGAAAAAUACCAGUGAGCAAAGUCCAAAAACAGCCAAUUAGACAGAACCCAGAAGUUACUCUUUGCUGUGAUGUACGCUGUAAGAUUGUAGGAAGAAGUGAUGAACCCAAUGUCUACAUAAGCAAUGAACAAACCACUGCGGCUGCAACGCUUUCCUUCAUUCAAACUUCAAUUUCAUGGAAACAUAAUUUCUGCCUUCCUGUUCUUGUCCCCAGUAGAGAUCCAAAAUCCUGUGAAUCACGUAAUCCAAUGUGCUCGAAGCCUACACCAGCCUUCAAAAAGUCGCAAAGAGUUGAGAGGCAAAUUUGGUCUUGUUGCCUUUUUUUUUUUUGCUUCUUCAAUUGUGCAGCAGUUUUUGGGUUCAGAGAUAAAAUACUUUUGGGCGUGAUGGAUGACGAUUUGCUUUUGAUGGUCCGCUCUGGUUUUGCAGUGGCGGCGGUGCCAGUGCUGGUUCCUAACCCUAACAGCCGCAGCCUCACCCUCCUUCAUAACAAAUGCAUACAAAUUGAAGAAAGGGGGAAACAGGGAGAAAGAGGGAAGAGAAGGGAGACGGCGGUGGCUGGGGCCUCGCCACCGUCGCUGUCAAGCCUGAAGGGUGGAGAGGAGAGAGCUUGCAUCCAAGAGAGAAGAGAUGCUGUCUGCCGUCACCGUCGCCGUCCCGUCCAUGGACCCACAAGCUUGCGUUACUGCCGAUCCGUUCACAAGCCGUCGUCGAUGGGACAGAAUCGCGAAGAGAGAGAGACACACGAAGAGAAGCCCACGACCAGCCUUGUCGCCGUCAGCGCCGCGGGUUGCCGUCGCCAUCCUCGCGAGCUGCCACCGCAUCGCCGUUACUGAGCUGCAGCACCGCCGUUGUUGCACCCUGCUGCUGCCGCGUCUCGCCAAGCCGCCGCUGGAGGAGGAAGGCCCGCCAGUUUUGUUUCUGCUUAUGGGUUUUGGAAUCUGAGAAAACGCCAAUGCCGUUGUUGUUUGUUGGGUUCAAGAUCAUUGCUGCCACUGGAAUCACGAACCGGAAAGGAGAGGAGGCCGUUUUCUGUUGUCAUUGGUGCUGCCAUAGGACGGUUGAAGCCAUUGCUGAUUAUGAUUUUGUUAUCUGGGUAUUGGUCUGAUCUUUUCCUUAGGAUUGAUCCAUUUACUUGUUUUGUUUUGUUACUGCUAUGGUAGCCAUGUUCUGAUUUUAAUUCUAUUUUAGUCCUUGCUUUAUCUUGAAUCCCUAGGGCUGAAAAUUGCUUUUGAUUCCUACUCAAUUUAAAUCCUCUAUUUUACUGCAACCAUGGUCAAAGUUGCAAAGGCUGGUAUUGUUGCCGUUCUGGUUGUGUGAGAGUUACCACUGCUGCCCUGACACUAAAAGAGAAGGUAUUUGUUACGUUAAAGUAUGCCGAUUGCGACAUCGAGGUAGGGGGUUCAAAACGAUUUUAAUUUAAGAAUGCCUACAAGGUUUAUUGAAUAACUGCAAAUAGAUUUAAUAGCUGUGAUUAAUUGGUUGAUUAUGUGAAUAUUGAAUUGUGGCUGAAAUUGUGAUUGGAAUGGUUGAGAUUGUGAUUUGGAAUUGUUGAUUGGUGAUAUUGAUUGAUUAUGUAGAUUGGGAAUUAUUUGAUAACUUAUUGUUCAGAAUUACUAAAUUUUAAUGGGUUAUGUUGGAUUUGUUGCUGUUGAGCUGAUAUUUGGUAUAUUGUAAUGAUAAUGAGCUUGCCGUAGAAGUGGCCAUUUCGGCUCACCUUCAGGUGUCCUCCUCGGGAUAGGGUCAUUUAAAGAACGAUGGUCAGCACGACGUAUAAAAAAAAAAAACCUGAAAAAAACUAGGAAAAAAAAAUCGGAGGAGUUUGCUGGUGAUGAGGCCAUUUCGGCUCGCCUUCAGGUGUCCUCCUCGGGAUAGGGUCAUUUAAAGAACGAGGGUCACCACGACGUAAAAAAAAAAAAACCUGAAAAAAAAGGGAAAAAAACCGAAAAAAA